AUGAAGAGAAUGGUUUCUAGAAAAUCCCAUUCCUGGUGGUGGGACGGCCACAUCAAUCCAAAGAACUCUAAGUGGAUGGUGGAAAAUCUUGAAGGUGAAGUGUCCAAGACUGUUCCUUCUCUUCUGUGAUAGUCUUGACACAGAAGCCAUCUCUUCAAAUGCACAGAGUUUUUUUCAACUCGGCUCAUGAUUCACUUCAGCAUCAGAGUAAUUCUUAGUCUCGUGAAUAUUAUUAUCUCAAAGACCAAUAUUUCUUAGUCUUCGUAUCAUUAUUCUGUGGGCAGAAAUGGACCGCCAUGUGAAGGAGAUGCUGAAGCUGAUAGAAGAGGAAGGAGAUUCUUUUGCCAAGAAGGCGGAGAUGUUCUACCAGAGACGACCAGAGCUCGUCUCCCACGUGGAGGACCUCUACCGCAUGUACCGUGCUCUUGCCGAACGGUAUGACCACCUCACUGGAGAACUGCGGAAGAACAUUCCAUCCCGCCUCCAGUCUCUGGGAUCCGCCGGCAGCUCGGAUACUGGGUCGGAGCCGCCGUCCCCAUCUCGGUCUCCUCUGGAGGAAACCCCGGACCAGACGUUUCCUCAAGCCCACAUCAACUCAAGAACAGGCGGGCUCAAUCUCUUUCUUGGAUCAGGUGGCGAGUCUGAUUCCAUCAAGAAUAUUAGGAGCCCAACAUCUUCUUCGUCAGAAUCAGGGUCUUACUCAGAGAGCGAGGACGCCGCCCAAGAAACAGAUGCUGAAGAUCGCUUGUCUCAGAGGAUAGCCGAGCUGGAGGCCAAGCUGCUGCACUCGGAGGAGAAGCUCAGGAGCAGCCAUGGUCCUCUUCUUUUCAGGGUUUCCGAGCUGGAGACCGAGCUUGCUGCUGCAAAUGAGGAGCUUCAGUCCGCAAGAGAGACGAUCCGGCAGCUGCAGCAGCGAACCAGCCUGGAAAUAGAAAAGAACUCAGCUUUGGAGGCUGCCCAUUCUGCAACUGUGGAGCAGCUGAAUUCUGUGGCCUCAACCCGCGACCAGACCCUUCGAGCUUUGGAGAUGGAGAUCGCCGUUCUGCGGGAACAAUCCUCCCAGGAGAAAGCUCGUCUGGAAGCCGCCAUUGCAGGCCAGGAAAUGUCCAUGGAGGAGCUCCGAGCAUCUGUGGAGGGAUUUACCCGCGAGAGGUCUCUGCUCGAAUCCAAGAUCAGGGAACGAGACCAGGCCAUUGAAGAGUCAAGUGCCUCCAUGGCGAGCUUGUCCGAGGCGCUUGCGUCUCUGAGGGUGAAGCUUUCUUCGUCGGAGGAAGAAGGGAGAAAGCGGCUCGAGGAGGAAGCAGGGAGGGCGGCGCAGGGGCUGCUGGAGCGAGUCGAAGUGCUUGAGCGGGAGGUGGAGAACCAGAGGGCCAUGAUAUCCGAUGGGGCCGAGAAGAAGAGGGAGGCAAUUCGGCAGCUCUGCUUCUCCCUCGAGCACUACCGAGAUGGCUACAACGAGCUCCGCCAGGCCCUGCUGGAUUAUCGCCGCCCACCGUCCCUGCUAUCCUCCUGA